CUACAGCUACAAUGUUCCGGCAUGAUGAGAUUCAUCAGGAACGGUGCCAAUUCUAUCACAACAUGAGACUAUCGCACAUUGCUAAUGGUGAGACAACAUACCAACAAAGGACCACCUGAAAGAGAACGCGACGACAUGAGCGAUGUUGUAGCUGAGGUUCCAACGGAAAACAUCCUGGAUCAUCGAGUGAACGUUACUUCUGAAUGGCUUCCACCCAAGGCAAAUGGUCAUUAUUUUCUGGGGUUCGAGGUGAACUCGUCCCCAAAGUUACGAGAGCUCUGGCAGCGCUUCAAAAUGUUAGAAAAAUGGAACGAGCUCGCCAUUCGACCGGAGUCCCCCGAAGAUUGCCAUACCGACGAUAGAUUUUUGCUCUCGCCAAACGCAAACGACAAACAUACCGGCGAUGGCCUCGCGGACGACUUACUUGCCUUGCGGAAGCAAUUCAGUCACGUUAGAUAUUUGCUGAACCAACACAUAUCAACACUAGCUGUGGAAACUACUUCAUGGGAGAAAGAUCUGGUUGUUCGCCCCAGUCAAAUACGAAAAGCGGGAAUGGGUUUGUAUUACAUUCCUUCGCAAAAAGUUGAGGUAACCAGUGUUGCUGCGCCUUCAAUACCAAAAGAUAGUCUUAUUUGUUAUUAUACAGGACACGUUCACACCCAUUCUUCUUCUCGUGAGCUACCAAUCGAAGAAAGAUCCUAUCUGAUGUGGAUUCGAGAUAAUACCCUGGUUGAUCCGGGUCCUAUUCCUAGCAUCACGGCAAGAUAUAUUAACGACCCUUUGAACGAAAAUCUCGUGAACUGUCGUUACGUUCCAACAGUCCUGACAGUGUCAGGUAGCCAUUAUCAUUCGGAGGGAUAUGGGAGGGGGGGGGAUGAUCCCCACGAAGACACGAUCCGAUUAGCGGUGUACACGACACGGACCAUCCAGUCUGGAGAGGAACUCUUUGUUUCGUAUGGAGAUGCAUAUUGGAAUCAGCAACCAACAGCUGGGAACAUGUUAAAUUGUAAAAGUGUAACCAAUAAGACGAAUGGUAAUCAUUGUUCGAGCAGUAAAAAGGAGAAUAUCCAAGGGGAUUGCGUUAUUGAUGAUGAAAACAGCAACGAUGGAAACGAUAGCGACGACAGUGACAUUUCUGCAACUUUUCCAUUUUCKGCUCUUUUUGAUCCAAAAGUCAUUCAAACAUCUUUAGUAUCUGACUGAUGAGGCGCAUUGAUCGAGUGCCGGGUGCGCUCCAGCCAAUACAAUUGUUGAUUGCACUUCGCUCUGGUUUCAUCCUGACUCUAUGCGAGCAUCAAGAAGUACUUAACUGCCCAAACAUCAACUUUCAGAGAAGUCGAAGUACAGUAAAUGGGGCUGACGGGAAAAUCCCAUGGCAGGGGCUUAAAAACUCUAAAAUGGUCUCGAUCUAUCGGCAAACAAUCAUGCACAAUAAAUCACAUUAAAGCGU